CUUGUUUUAUUUCUAACUUCCGGAUGUCUUUGCUCACAAACGAAGUUUCAACCUUUAAGCACACAUUAACUGGUAAGCCUAUUUAAGGCUUGAUGCAGACGGUGAAGCAGAUAAAGCAAGUUCUGGCAGAGGAAGUCAACAUCGUUUUACCUAAACGUGAAGGCUUCAAGAACACCUCCGGUAUGUCAUUGGUGGAUCUCGGUAAACGUCUGCUGGAUGCAGCCAAGCGUGGUGAGACAGAGGAAGUACGAACACUCAUGUCCAAUGGGGCGCCCUUUACAACUGAUUGGCUUGGCACAUCUCCGCUACACUUUGCAACACAGUACGGCCACAUAGAGACAGCAGAGAUACUGCUGCGUGCUGGAAUCAGUCGAGACGCGCGAACAAAGGUUGACCGGACUCCAUUACAUGUGGCUGCUCAGGAAGGCCAUGUAGAUAUUGUGGAACUCCUCAUCCAACACGCUGCAGACAUUGACGCCAAAGACAUGUUAAAGAUGACGCCAUUACAUUGGGCAACAGAGAAAGGCCACCUUGGUGUGAUUGAAUCUCUAGUAAGACACGGAGCUGAUACGAGUUGUGAUAACAAGUUUGACAAGACACCUCUUGAUAUUGCGGUCUCCAAUGGACGGUCUGAUAUAGCACAAAUGUUACAGUUAGCACAGCACACAGAGAUACAGGGUCUAGAGGAGGGAGAAUCAGUGACCAUAGAAACGACUGAGGUUGAGGCUGAUGCCAUUGAAACAGUUACCGUGACAACAUCAGACACAUUACAGUCUGAAGUUGAGAACAAAGAUGUCCUCCCUGUGAAUCUUUAUCACAACAUAGCCAAAACCUCCAAAGAUGCCAAGAGUUCGGACAACUCUUCAGUCCUGGCAACACUAGCAGCAUUGGCAGAGGCGACUGCACCAGGAACAACAACACAAGGUGUGAACAGUAAUGAUGCCUUGAGCUGGUUAGAGAGUCAGGGAAUCACAAUGAUUACAACAUCUGAGGGAGGAAUGAUCACGUCAGCUGUGGAGAGUGGACAAACCAUCACACUAACAGAGGCUGGGAAAAUUGCCCUAAACCUGAUUAAACAACAAGGUCUCCAAGAGACAGAGGCAACAGAAAUCAGUGAGGAGGAGACCGUUGGACUAGAGACUGAACAACAGAAGGUUAUAACCAUAGUCGCUGGUCAUGACCAGUCUGAGCUGACGGCCGAGGAGACGACGGUGCUGGAGGAGAUUGCUGGCGGUGGAGCCGGGGAUGCUACCCUCACUGUUGAUACAUCAGUAGAUACAUCAGAGGAGCCCGCAGCCAAGCGACAGCGGACUGAUGAAGGAGAGGGAGACUCGGCAUCAGAGGAUAUACAGAAACUGCUUGAUAACAAGGAAAGUCUGGAGAGUCUUGAUAAAGAUGCCCUGCGUAAACAGCUUGAGGAGAUCCAGAAACAAGCCGAGAAUUACAAACAGCAGCUCAAACAGAAGGAGGAGGAGGCGGAGGAAUACAAGAAAAAACUGAAUCAAAUUGGCACCACUAAGGAAACGCCGUGACACCGAGAUCAGCCGGAACGGGAGAAUGUUGAUCUAACAGUCCUAAUUCUGAACAAUUACUGAUCCACUAUUGUGCUCUGUUGAGGACAGUCAAUGUGUGAUUCCUGUGGGAUAUCAGUCAAGAGAACGUUGAGGGCCUCUUUGAUAGGAAAGGCCUGUAGUUAGUUUCUCAGUCCUUAACGAAGACAUGUCAACUAGUGGGAGAAAUUAUUUAUUAUAAUUGAGUGGAAUUUGUCAACAAUUUCUAGUGGAGAAGAAUUUGUCAACAAUUUCUAGUGGAGAAGAAUUUGUCAACAAUUUCUAGUUGAGUGGAAUUUGUCAACAAUU